AUGCGCCCUACCUUCCUGCUUCUUGCCUUCUUCGCCAUUCUGAGCAUCGCCGUUCUCCCGAAAAACGUCGUCGAGGCGGGCUGUAGAAGAACAAGUUGCCAUCCACACAGCAGCCAGAACGAGUGCAACGGUAUCUUUUUCGAGCAGUCAAUCUUAUUGUUGAAAUCCUUGCAGGAGAUGAACGAGUCGCCAAAUGGGGCUACUGCUGGGGCGUCGCCGGCAAAUGGGAGAGCUGUUGUAAAUAA